UUCUUCAACUCUCGCGCGAUUUCCCCUUUCGUCCUCUUUCACUCCCUGUAGCCAACAUGGCAGUCGGCAAGAAUAAGAGGCUGACCAAAGGCGGCAAAAAGGGUGCCAAAAAGAAGAUUGUGGACCCUUUCUCCAAGAAGGACUGGUACGAUGUCAAGGCACCAGCAAUGUUCAACAUCCGCAAUCUUGGCAAGACCUUGGUCACCAGGACUCAGGGAACCAGAAUCGCCUCAGACGGUCUGAAGGGUCGCGUGUUCGAGGUCAGCCUCGCUGACCUGCAGAACGACGAGGUGGCCUUCCGCAAGUUUAAGCUGAUCACGGAGGACGUCCAAGGCAAGAACUGCCUGACCAACUUCCACGGCAUGGACCUGACCCGUGACAAGAUGUGCUCCAUGGUCAAAAAGUGGCAGACCAUGAUCGAGGCCCACGUGGACGUGAAGACCACGGAUGGCUACCUACUGCGUCUCUUCUGUGUGGGCUUCACAAAGAAGCGCAGCAACCAGAUCAGGAAGACCUCCUACGCACAGCACCAGCAGGUGCGCCAGAUCCGCAAGAAGAUGAUGGAGAUCAUGACCCGUGAGGUGCAGACCAACGACCUGAAGGAAGUAGUCAACAAGCUGAUCCCUGACAGCGUUGGCAAGGACAUUGAGAAGGCCUGCCAGUCCAUCUACCCACUUCACGACGUCUACGUCCGCAAGGUGAAAAUGCUGAAGAAGCCCAAGUUUGAAUUGGGCAAACUGAUGGAGCUCCACGGUGAGGGCGGUUCCAGCGGCGGCACCAAAGCAAGCGGAGACGACACCGGAGCCAAAGUGGAGAGGGCUGACGGAUACGAGCCCCCUAUCCAGGAGACAGUCUAAACAGACCCUGACAGAUUUAAUAAAAAAUGGAAAUGAC